AUGGACGUCAACGGGGCCACAGUUCGAAGGGUAUUCGUAGACACGGGUAGCAGCGUCAAUGUCAUGUAUCUCGAAACCUUCACCAAGCUGGGACUAACCAAGGAGAACCUGCACCAAGUGAGAACACCUCUUGCGGGAUUCACAGGAGAUAGCAUAGAGCCGGAAGGAUGCAUCACCCUGCCUAUAGAGAUCGGAGAAUACCCUAGGGUGCGAGCUAUAAACAUGGAAUUUGUGGUGGUGGACUUGAAAUCGGCACACAACGUGAUAUUGGGAAGACCGGGUUUGGAGGACCUAGGAGCCGUAGUAUCGCUCAAGCACUUAUAUCUGAAAUUCCGAACACUAGAAGGAGUGGGGAUCGCUAGAUGUGAUCGCCAAGCAGCACGAUCCUGUUAUCUCCUCACAUGUCGCCAGAUAGGAAGCCGAGAUCUACAAGUGCAAACCAUCACAAAAAGGACCACAAAGGAAGAAGCCAGGGACAGGCCAGAACCCGCCGCGGAAUUAGAAGAAGUAGCCUUAGAAAGCUCGAAGCCCGAUCAAAGGUUCCGGAUAGGAAAGGGGUUAACAGAAGAAACCAGAUCUGAUAUCUUACGGACAUUACAAGAGUAUAGGAUCUUGUUCGCAUGGGGACUGGAAGAUAUGCCAGGGAUAGAUCCCUCAGUUAUUACCCACCGCCUAUCAGUAGACCCAGCCGUCCGGCCAAUAGUACAACGAAAAAGGCACCUGGCAGCAAAUCGGAGGGAGUUUGUGAAAAAAGAAGUAGCAACCCUAUUAGAGAUUGGACACCUCAGGGAGGUGGUAUACCCGGCUUGGUUGGCAAAUGUCGUAUUGGUGCCAAAACCACCUGCAUGGAGGAUGUGUGUGGAUUACACCGACCUCAACAAGGCAUGCCCCAAAGACCCCUUUCCCAUACCCAGGAUAGACCAGUUAGUAGAUCAAACGGUUGGAUGUGCGCUACUCAGUUUCAUGGACGCUUUUAGAGGCUACCACCAGAUAUUUAUGGACGAUAAGGAUGAAGAGAAAACGACCUUCCUCACCCCAGACGGGGUUUACUGCUACAAAGUGAUGCCGUUCGGCUUAAAAAAUACAGGGGCCACGUUCACUCGAAUGGUAGCUAAGGUGUUUCAUAGCCUACUCGGGAAAACCAUGGAAGCUUACGUGGAUGAUUUAUUGGUAAAAAGCAAGGAAGAGACCGAGCACGCAAUGGAUUUAAGAGCCUGCUUCGAACUCAUGAAGAAAUACAACCUCCGAUUAAAUCCCAAGAAAUGCGCCUUCGGGGUCCGAGGAAGUAAAUUCUUGGGUUACAUGGUAAGUCAAAGGGGAAUAGAGCCCAACCCAGAGAAGGUAAGGGCCAUUCUAGACAUGCAACCACCCACCAGUGUGCUGGAGAUACAAAAGCUAACGGGACGCUUAGCAGCCUUAAGCCGAUUCCUGUCUAGGUCAGCGAAGCGAUCCCUACCCUUCUUCGAAGUAAUUAAAAGAAGAGAAGGAUUCGAAUGCACUCAAGAAUGCAAAAACUCCUUUGAAGAAUUAAAAACAUAUUUGCUAUCCCCCCCUUUGCUGGCCGAACCUCAAGAAGGAGAAAGCCUGUACCUUUACAUGACAGUCAGCGAGCGAGCCCUGAGCUCUGUCCUAGUACGAGAAGAGGGAACUCAACACCCGGUCUACUACGUGAGCAAGCUCCUGAGAGGAGCAGAAACUCGAUACACGCCAUUAGAAAAGAUGGCAUACGCCCUAUUUACCACCACGCGGAAGUUAGUCCCAUACUUCCAAGCCCACCCAAUAGAAGUACUCACCGACCAACCGCUCGCGGGGAUACUGAGAAACCCGAUGUCCUCGGGGCGAAUGAUGAAAUGGGCCAUAGAAUUAACACAAUACGGAAUCGAGUACAGGCCCCGACCUUCCAUCAAGGCACAAGCACUAGCAGACUUCAUAGUAGAAUGCACAACGCAGGAUCGGAGAGGAAAAACAAAUAACGACGCCCCAGAUGAGUGGUGGGAACUAAAUGCAGACGGGGCAGCCAGCGCCAAGCACUGCGGAGGGGGAAUAAUGUUAACCACGCCAGAAGGGUUCAAGGUGUAUUACUCCCUGGAAUACCAAUUCAAGGUGUCCAACAACGAGGCAGAGUAUGAGGCAGUAAUCGGGGGCAUAAGACUGGCAGUCGCGCUAGGAGCGCGCAACCUGCGCAUCAAGACAGACUCGCGGCUAGUGGUAGGACAAAUCAAAGGCACAUUUGAAACUAGAGGGGAAAAUUUAAAGAUGUACAAAGACGUUACGGAAGGCUUAUUGGAAAAAUUAAAGGCGCAUGAAAUACAACACGUGCCCCGAAUAGAGAACGUAGAAGCAGAUUUAAGGUCCAAAAUAUCCCUGGGAGGAAUCCCAAGGCACUUAUCACAGGUUUGCAGAAAGGAGAUCAUCUACGCACCUAGUACAGAAUCCCUCGUAGUAGCCUCCGUCACCUCAGCAGGCGUGCCUCCCCUACCCAAAUGGAUGGAGGAAUUAACAAACUACAUCACCAAAGGAGAACUUCCGCUGGACCCCACGCAGGCGGCCAAAAUCAAACGAAGAGCUCCAGCUUAUCGGCUGGAAGGUAGCCAGUUGUAUAAAAAAUCUUUCGGUGGGCCGCUACUGAAAUGCUUACAGCCCAGCGAAGCCGAACAAGUAAUAGAAGAGGCCCACAAAGGCAUAUGCGCCGCUCACCAAGGAGCCAAUACCUUAGCAAGGAAAUUACUGAUCCAAGGCUAUUACUGGCCCAACAUGGUCCACGAUUGCAUUCAAAAGGUCCAGAAUUGCCAAACCUGUCAGAAGUUUGCAGAAAAGCAAGGUAGGCCGGCAACCUUCUACACCCCCGUCACCACGGCGAUACCCUUCGCUAAAUGGGGAGUAGAUCUUUUGGGACCACUACCACAAGCCCCAGGACGGCACAAGUACUGCAUAGUCGCCAUUGACUAUUUCACUAAGUGGAUGGAGGUUGAGCCGCUGCACACUAAAGUGUCGGUGGCAUAUCUCCAAGCAAAUGGGCAGGUAGAAAAUGCCAACAGAACCAUCAUGGAUGGAUUAAAGAAACGAAUAGAAGAGGAAAGAGGUGCAUGGGUCGACCAGCUAGACUACAUCCUUUGGGCCUACCGAACUACUCCCCGUCGAGCAACAGGAGAAACCCCGUUCAGCCUCACAUACGAUUUCGAGGCUAAAGUCCCUAUAGAAGUCCUGAGCCCCACGGACAAGACAUUGCAUUACGAAGAUCAAGCGAACGAGCAGAUGAUGCAGCUGGAAAAGAACUUCCUCGAAGAACGAAGAGAUGUGGCCCAGUGCCGAAUGGUGGAAUACCAACGGGCAGUAAAAAAGUACCAUGACGCUCGAGUAAAGCCUAAGUACUUUGACUUAGGCGACUUGGUACUCAGGGAUAGGCAAGCAUCACAACCAAGCCAAGGAAGAAAGGUUGCCAAAAACUGGGAAGGUCCAUACAGGAUUGCAGCAAUUGUAAGACCCAGCACCUACAAAUUGGAAACAAUGGAGGGCAAGUUUUCAUAA